AAAGAGAGGCAAUCCCCGGAGAGGGGCCGAGAAGCGGCGGAAAGUUAAUGCGGGAGACGGAAAGAGGCAGCCCGAGUCAGCAAGCGGCAGGGGCUGUGCGUGCUCCAAGGCGGUUGCGGAGGUCGCGCAGGGGUUGGCGCCCAGACCCGGGCUCCCCAUGGAGGCGCCUGAGCUGGGCCCGGGGCUGGUGGAGCGUCUGGAGCAGCUGGCGACGUGUCCGCUGUGCGGGGGCCCCUUCGAGGACCCGGUGCUGCUGGCGUGCGAGCACAGCUUCUGCCGCGCGUGCCUGGCCCGUCGCUGGGGCAGCCCGCCGGCAGCUGGCACCGAGGCGCCCCCCACUGCCUGCCCCUGCUGCGGCCUGCCCUGCCCCCGCCGCAGCCUGAGGUCCAACGUGCGGCUGGCGGUGGAGGUGCGGAUCAGCCGCGGGCUGCGGGAGAAGCUGGCCGAGCCCGGGGCCCGCGUGGGGAGACGCCGAGGGGGCCGCAUCCCCACCAUGGGUUGCCUGGACCCGCAGGGAGAGGAGGUGAGGAAGACAUGGAGACGAUUUGAUGUCCGAACACCCAAGUCAUCAAGCUCAGAAGAAGAGCUCCCUGAAGAUUACCCAGUGGCCAAAAACAUGCUGCAUAGGCUGGCUGCUGACCUGACCCUGGACCCUGGCACCGCACACCGCCUCCUGCUCAUCUCCGCCGACCGCCGCAGCGUCCGGCUGGCGCCCCCAGGGACUCCUGCACCCUGUGAUGGCCCCGCGCGCUUCGAUCAGCUCCCGGCGGUGCUGGGCGCGCAGGGCUUCGGGGCGGGCCGCCACUGCUGGGAGGUGGAGACCGCAGACGCAGCCUCCUGCAGAGACUCUUCAGGGGAGGACGAAGACGAUGGGGAGAGCCGCUAUGCCGUGGGCGCGGCCGGGGAAUCGGUGCAACGCAAGGGCCGCGUAAAGCUGAGCCCUGCGGGGGCCGUGUGGGCCGUGGAAGGCCGCGGCGGCCGCCUGUGGGCUCUCACUGCACCGGAGCCUACCCUGCUGGGCGGUGCCGGACCCCCACCACGGCGCAUUCGGGUGGACCUGGACUGGGAGCGAGGCCGCGUGGCUUUCUACGACGGCCUCUCGCUGGACCUACUCUUCGCCUUCCAGGCACCCGGUCCCCUAGGGGAGCGCGUCUUCCCGCUGUUCUGCACCCACGAUCCCCGAGCCCCGCUCCGCAUUGUGCCAGCGGAAGGCUGAGCAUCGCGUCCAACCCUCUUGGUAGUUUGACCCAGCCAUCUUGGAGGUGGAAAUGAUUCCAGGGAUCCUGUCCAUAGGCCCAUUUGAGUACAGAUAAGCACCCCUGCCAGUACACAUUAUCUCCCCCCACACCCAGGUAAGACCUCAACUGGCCUCAGGUUUUCCACAUCCAUGCCUAAACUGAAUUCAUUCCUGCUCCCUCCCUCUUGGGAAUCUCUCCUCACUGUUGAGCCCUCCCCUUCUACACUGUUCCAGACCUGCACUGGGGGAAGAAGCCCUUAUGCUCCCAGGAAUGAUAAACGGCCUGUGAUUACUACAGAGGCCUUGCUAGUCACACAUUUAACUCCCACUCUUGCCUUGUCCAGCUCCGAAGAAGGGUUCAGUGCCUUCUCCAGAGUUCUAAGGCUUGUGUUUCCCCCUGUGCUGUCCACUCUGAGGUUUCUCUUCAAGAGACAAGAGGCUUGACUCAGGGCUGGGCCCUAGGGCCUCUCUGAUGCUUAAAUACCCUUUAGGGUGGGGAACUG